AUGAAAGCAUGGGGAAGUUCGAAUGAAAGUGCUGUAACUGAGUUUAUCCUUCUGGGUUUUCCAGAAAUGCAUAAUUUUCAGAAAUUACUCUUUGUAUUUUUUUCCUUUGCUUAUGUACUUACAGUGGCAGGGAACUUACUUAUCAUCAUCAUUAUUAAGACUGACUCUCACCUCCACCGCCCUAUGUAUUUAUUUUUAAGUAAUUUUGCAUUCAUACAGAUUUGGUACACGACAGUAACUGUGCCAAAACUGCUUUCUGGCUUUCUUGUCAAAACAAACAAAAUUUCAAUUGAUGCGUGUUUUGCUCAGUGUUAUUUUUUCUUCUUUCUUGCAGGCAUAGAGAAUUUUUUAUUGGCCAUCAUGGCAUAUGAUCGAUAUCUUGCCAUCUGUCAUCCUUUACAUUACACUAAAAUUAUGACCACCACACUGUGUUGGAGUUUACUUUCAGGCUGUUGGCUGGGGAUAUUCCUUGGUUCCUUGGUUCCUAUUAUAUACUUGACAAAGCUUAAUUUUUGUGGGGCAAACACCAUUAACCAUUUUUUCUGUGAUGUGUCUCCUCUCCUUAAACUAUCGUGCUCAGACACAUCUUUUCUUAAAUCAAACUUUUUCAGUCUUAUGUGGGUGAUUAUAUUUAGUUGUCUUUCCUUAACCAUGCUUUCAUAUAUUAACAUUAUUUUUGUGAUCAUGAAAAUCCCAUCCACUGUUAGUCGCUUAAAGGUUUUUUCAACUUGUGGGUCCCACUUGACAGUGGUGAUAAUAUAUUACAGUGCUGUUAUAUUUUCUUAUGUUAGGCCCAAAGAACGUUACUCUUUUCAGGAAGAUAAGAUGAUCUCUGUUUUUUAUUCCAUUCUAACCCCGCUUCUAAAUCCUUUUAUCUAUUGUUUGAGAAACAAGGAAGUAAAGCUGGCUUUAUUGAAAAUAACAAAACGUAAAUUUGUAUAA